CCCACCCCCCCCGGGGCAAACCGAAGUGAGAAACAACUUCUUGGACUCGACUGUUCAAAAAAUAGUUUCAACGUCUGGUGUCCUCACCUUAGCACAGCUCCUCAACCUCAACCCAAACCGAGCCACUCUAUCCGCCGCCAUGCUGCUCCUGAGCCUUCUCGUCGUACCCGCCCUCUUCCACCUAUCCGUAGCCGUGGACUCCCAAUGUCCGCUCGAUGACAUAAAGCGCACUCAGUGCAUGGGACCUAAAGACUGCCUGUACCCACACCCUACAAGAUGCGACCACUUUAUCCGUUGCGAAGUGAACAACGACGGAAAGACGGGCCUACCACAUAUUAAUGAUUGCCCGUCUCCUCUCGAGUGGAACAACAAUAUCAAGGAAUGCGAUUUCCCGGAGAACUCGACGUGCCGAAAGGGAGAUGGCGUGGACACGACGACUGACGACGACGUUAAUAGGGCCACCCAUAUAUUACCUCGAGGCAAUAGUGCCGAGAAUAAGAUCCGCGACGAACCCUUCGUGUGCCCGCGCAAAGACUUCAUCAGCAACAAAUGCAAAGAACAGAACGGGUGCAUGUACCCAGAUCCUAAGAACUGCAGGAAUUACAUCCAUUGCGAUUGGCAUGCCGACGGGAAGACGACUACUGUAACUCAAAAGUCAUGCCCUAAAUCUGCUAAUGGUCCUCUCGAGUGGAACGAUAAGGAAAAGAGAUGCGUCGGGCCGAAGAACUCGACGUGCCGGGCGAAAAGUGGCGUGAACACGAUGAUUGAUGGCGUUCUCAACGAGGCCAGCGGUAUUUUACCUCGGGAGGAUGCCGCUCCCUUCAAAUGCCCGAUCAGCGACAUCGUGGUUACCCAGUGCCGCGGCGCCAAGGACUGCCUAUACCCGAACCCGGGGAGCUGCAACUCCUAUAUUCAGUGCAGCGUGGGCUCUAACUUGCUGUCAGGCGCACCCACUGGCGCACCGACUGUCAAGAACUGUCUACCUGGCCACGAGUGGAACGAUAAGGAAAAGAAAUGCGAUGUUCCGGAGAAAUCCACGUGUCCCAUGUAUGCGAACGGGGAGAAGAAGAUUCAAGACGACCGCCCUUCCAACGGGGCCGGUUGCACGGGGCCUAACUGCCCCACAAUAAUGCCCAUCAAUGACAUUAUCAACGGUCUUGGAGAUUCCCUUAAGAAGGCUGGUCUUAAAAGCCACGGCGGCGAGAAGAAGCCUCGCGAAGCCGACUCCAAGGACAAAUUCUCAUGCACCGGGGCUGGGUGCCCAGGAACGGUCAUCGGCGACGUUGCAAACGGCCUCGAAGAUGUCCUCAGGCAAGCCAAAGACAACAGCGGCAAGAAGAGCGUCCACACCCGCGCCGCCUUCACCUGUCCCACCCAAGACAUCAUCAAAACCAAAUGCAAGGGCCCAAGAGAUUGCAGAUACCCAGACCCCGAGAGCUGCAGUCAUUUCUAUCUAUGCUUCGUGAACACUGACGGGAAGACUGGUACCCCGCAUAACUACGCGUGCGGACAGGGACUGAUGUGGAAUGAUAACCUCAAGUCGUGCGAUUGGCCGACUUCGUCGACGUGCAAGCUAUAGUUGGAGUGGAGAGGGUAUCGGGCGCUAGACCGAGGUAAUAGGAGAUAGAGAUGAAUCUAUGUAGAAAUGAUAAUACUUGCU